CAAGAUGGACGCACAGGUGAGCUUGUAGCUAGGGCAAAUUGGUGAGAGGAGGGAGGAUGGUCUCCAUCGCCAGGGAUGGCGAGUGGGGUAGCGCCACAUUGACCCGGGCGGUCGAGCAGCUCCGCUUGUACAAGGCAGCGGAGCUGUUGAUCGACGACCAGAUUGCUCCAAAGAGGGCGGCGGUGCUCAUCUGUUUGUUCGAGGCCGCCGGAGAGAUCCGCGUCAUUCUGACCAAGAGGGCGGUCUCGCUCUCCACCCAUUCAGGAGAGGUGGCACUUCCCGGUGGCAAGAGGGACGAAUCGGACGCGAAUGAUGCAGCCACCGCGGUUCGAGAGGCUUACGAGGAGAUUGGUUUGGAGCCGGCAUCCAUCCAAGUUGUUGCCUCGCUCGAGCCCUUUCUAUCCAAGCAUUUCCUCAGGGUGACCCCGGUCGUGGCCAUCCUACCCGACGCACAGAGCUUCGUUCCUUGCUGCAACCAAGCGGAGGUGGAGUCCCUGUUCGAUGCGCCGCUGGAAAUGUUCCUCCGGGACGAGAAGCAUCGAUCGGAGCAGCACAACCGGUGUGGAGGGAGCUACAUGCUACACUACUUCGAGCUCGAGUACCAGGGCAACAAGUACGUCAUCUGGGGGCUCACCGCCGCCAUCCUCAUCCGCGCGGCGUCCAUCGUCUUCCAAAGGCCUCCCGAAUUCGAGGAGUUCUGUCCAGACUUUAGAUCGAUCCAUCGCUACCUUGUCAAACAGAUCGCCAUGAAAUCCAGCUAGACAUUUUCGAGAAGUUUUA